AUGAGCAACUUGACUGAAUCCAUCACAGAUUUUAUCCUCAUUGGAUUUCCUGGACUUCAAGACUACAAGAACAUUCUGUUUGGCUUCUUUUUGGCUCUGUUUUUGGUCACCUGUACUGGAAACCUUUGCAUCCUCGGUUUGGUAAUACUCGAUCAGCGGCUUCACACUCCAAUGUAUUUUUUUCUAUGGAAUUUAGCUCUAUUAGACGUUCUUACAGUCACAGCAAUCAUACCAAAAAUGCUGGCUGUGUUUUUAGAACAUAAAACGAUUUCCUUUGCCACCUGUUUUGUGCAAAUGUAUAUGAUCAUCUCCUUUGGGGCAACAGAAAUUUUACUUGUGGCAGCAAUGGCCUACGAUCGCUAUGUUGCAGUUGUGAAGCCUUUGCAUUACAAUGUAAUUAUAAAUCUCAAAACAUGUAUAGUAAUUGCAGCUACCGUUUGGAUACUGGGUUUCCUGAUGCCAUUAAUACCAGUCACCUUGGCCUCUUAUUUGCCAUUUUGUGGUUCAAAUCAAAUCAUGCACUGUUUCUGCGACUAUCCAGCAGUGAUCUCUUUAGCCUGUACUGAUGUUUCAAGCCAUGCCAUUGGUUCCCUGUGUCUUGUUCUAAUCGUUGUCUAUGUACCUUUUAUAUUUGUGUUGUGGACAUAUCUAAAAAUUAUAACUUCUGUAAUUAAACUUAAAACACAAGGAAGCCACAAGAAAGCCUUCUCAAUGUGUUUUUCUCAUGUGAUUAUUGUGCUUUUCUACUACAUUUCCACUGCCAUUGUUUAUAUUGGAAUGAGAAUAGACAGCAUCUCUUAUGAUGGACGAAUUUUGAUUGGAGGACUUAAUUAUUUUUUUACUCCCAUGGUUAAUCCGAUGGUUUACAGCUUGAGAAAUGAAAAGAUAAAGGCAGCUGCACAGAAGUAUUUCAGGAUUUACGUUCUCCUUCCAGAAAAAACACACCCUUCCGUCCGGAGUUUAUGA